AUGGGUAAAGUUCACGGAUCUCUUGCCCGUGCCGGCAAGGUCAAGUCUCAGACUCCUAAGGUUGAGAAGCAGGAGAAGACCAAGACCCCUAAGGGUCGUGCUCUCAAGCGCCUCAAGUACACCCGUCGCUUUGUCAACGUUACCCUCACUGGUGGCAAGAGAAAGGUGAGCAGACUCGAGCAUGAUAGAGAAAGGAAGACAGGCGCUGACGAUUCGGACACAGAUGAACCCCAACCCCGGCUCAUAAACGACUCGUCAAAAUCGACAGGAAUUUGCGGUAUCGGGAAAUGUUGGCUUUCGGACACGGUUCAACACAGCAAUGGUUGGCUUCACUCAGUAAUGGGAUGA